AUGGAUACACACUCAAAUUUACUUGUCCCACCGCUACGGUUCUCACAAAUCCAGCCUAACUUAUACAGAGGUUCGUACCCUCGUCCAAUCAACUUCCGUUUCCUCAAGAGACUUGAGCUGAAGACUAUCGUAUCGCUGACACCAGACCCUAUAACAGCACAGUCAGAUUCAGAGUUUUAUCAGUUUGUCCUGGAUAAUAACAUUGAGCUUAUACACAUAGAGUGUGCGCCUGAAGGAGGGGGUAAGAGAAAGAAACGUGAAGUCCCCAUUGACUAUACCGUUGUUGUUAAAGCCCUAGAGUUGAUGAUAGAUACCAACCACUCACCCCUCUACAUUCACUGCUUAAACGGUUCGCAGAUCUCAUCUUUAGUUAUUGCAUGUCUACGGAAGUUGUCAUUUUGGUCCUCAGUGUCUAUAUUUAACGAAUAUUUGGUGUACACCAACAGUAUCAACCUUCACGACCGUACCUUUGUUGAGAACUUCAGAGCCGAGAUAAACGUUCCAAAGAACAAAGUGUCCUGGAUAUGGAGUGGGCUGUCGAAAGACGUUGUUGGUAACCAUCCAACAUUGACUUUCCUAAAUACAAACGACAGGAAAUAUAGCGAUGUUGGCAAUUGA